ACUCACCAUCACACGCGUCAGUUGAUUGAACAUGGCGUAUUGCCGGCUGUUGCUUCAAGGCUUGCUGCUUUCUGUGGCAUUGGGGUGCAAUGCUCUGCCAGGCUGGAGUAGGAACUCAGUCGGCGCUGCGGUUCAACCACACCAUGGCUUGGCCUGGACAUCUCGUACGCCAACAACACGAACACUACGAAGGCAGUUUCCCGUGGCAGCUGCUGUUGCUUCCACCUCGCACUUGACAACGGGAAGGACGGCGUCCGGCGUAAUGGAGAAUUGUAUGGAGGCGUGCUUGACCACGAUGCAGUCGUUUAUCGGAGGCACCAUCAUGGGGUGUGUGAUCGGAGGGGUCAUGGGUGGAAGCUUUGGACGAGUCCCGGACGUGGGUUGGCUUAAAAGCGUGCAGACAAAAGCAGUCGAGAUGGGUGGCAACUGGGGGCAGUUGUCGGCUGCCUUUACCGGGUUCACAUCGAUAUCCACGGUCAUACGAGGAAGGAAUGACAAAUGGGACCAGGUGCUGGGGGCUUGUGGGGCUGGUGCCUUCUUGAACAGAGCCAAGGGGCCACAAGGUAUGGCACAAGGGGCCGCAACUUAUGGGCUUUUCUCACUCAUCUUUGCUUUUCCUUCAGGCCAGGAUGACGAGUUGGAUGUUGUCGAUAUCCCUGUAGACGCACCAAAGACGAGGUGACGAGGUACUGCACUUGUCGAUAACGUUCACGGAGGC